AUGAAUAUUCAAUUUUGGUUAUUAUUGUUUAAUUUUUUAGCUUUAGUUUUUGCUGCUGAUGAUAAAGAUCAAGAUGAAAAUGAUAAUGAUAAGGAUAAAACAGUAACAUCAACAAUUACAAAAUAUACCACUAUUCAAGGCUCAAAUAUUUAUACAACUACAUAUAUAACCAAUUUUGAUUCUACUACAAUCACAAUCACAUCGUGUUCAUCGGAUCAUACUUGGGUUGCAAAAAGAGAUGAUAACGAUUUUUUAUCAACCAUUACUCAAUUAAAUCCUGAACCAACUGAUGAAUCAACUCCUGAAUUAUUUGCUAAUCAAAUUGAAGUUCGAAAUGGUGAUGAUAAAGAUAAGACAAAGACAGUCUAUCAAACUACAACUAGUACAAUUAAAUUAAGUGGUUCAACAAUAACAGAUUCUAUCACUAUUUCAGAAAGUAUUACUAAAACUAUUUACACUUGCCCUUCAAGUUCAUAUCAUUCAAGUUCUUCAUCAAGUGUUUACUCAUCAAGCUCAUCAUCCUCAUCUCAUUCAAGUAGUUCAUCAUCAAGUUCAUCUUCAUCUGUUUACUCAUCGAGUUCAAGCUCACACUCAUCAAUUCCAAGCUCCAGCAGCUCGAGUCACCAUCACUCAAGCUCAAGUUCAAGCUCAAGCUCAUACUCAUCAAUUCCAAGCUCCAGCAGCUCAAGUCAUCAUUCAAGUUCAAGCUCCAGCAGCUCAAGUCAUCACUCAAGUUCAAGCUCAAGCUCAAGCUCAAGCUCAUACUCAUCAAUUCCAAGCUCCAGCAGCUCAAGUCAUCAUUCAAGUUCAAGCUCCAGUAGCUCAAGUCAUCACUCAAGCUCAAGCUCAAGCUCAAGCUCAUACUCAUCAAUUCCAAGCUCCAGCAGUUCAAGCUCAAGCUCAUACUCAUCAAUUCCAAGCUCCAGCAGCUCAAGUCAUCAUUCAAGUUCAAGCUCCAGCAGCUCAAGUCAUCACUCAAGUUCAAGCUCAAGCUCAAGCUCAAGCUCAUACUCAUCAAUUCCAAGCUCCAGCAGCUCAAGUCAUCAUUCAAGUUCAAGCUCCAGUAGCUCAAGUCAUCACUCAAGCUCAAGCUCAAGCUCAAGCUCAUACUCAUCAAUUCCAAGCUCCAGCAGCUCAAGCUCAAGCUCAUACUCAUCAAUUCCAAGCUCCAGCAGCUCAAGCUCAACGUCAUGUCCAUCUAUUAGCUCAAGCUCAAGUUCAAGCUCAAGCUCAAGCUCAACGUCAUGUCCAUCUAUUAGCUCAAGCUCAAGUUCAUCAAGUUCAACCUCAUGUCCAACUAUUAGCUCAAGCUCAAGUUCAAGCUCAAGUUCAUCAAGUUCAACCUCAUGUCCAACUAUUAGCUCAAGCUCAAGUUCAAGCUCAUCAAUUCCAAGCUCCAGCAGCUCAAGUCACCAUCACUCAAGCUCAUACUCAUCAAUUCCAAGCUCCAGCAGCUCAAGCUCAACGUCAUGUCCAUCUAUUAGCUCAAGCUCAAGUUCAAGCUCAAGCUCAAGCUCAACGUCAUGUCCAUCUAUUAGCUCAAGCUCAAGUUCAUCAAGUUCAACCUCAUGUCCAACUAUUAGCUCAAGCUCAAGUUCAAGCUCAAGCUCAACGUCAUGUCCAACGAUUAGCUCAAGCACAUAUUCAUCAAGUUCAUCAUGUUCAACCUCAUGUCCAACUAUUAGCUCAAGCUCAAGCUCAAGCUCAAGCUCAACGUCAUGUCCAACGAUUAGCUCAAGCACAUAUUCAUCAAGUUCAUCAUGUUCAACCUCAUGUCCAACUAUUAGCUCAAGCUCAAGCUCAAGCUCAAGCUCAACGUCAUGUCCAACGAUUAGCUCAAGCACAUAUUCAUCAAGUUCAUCAUGUUCAAAAUCUCAUCAUUCAAAAGAACUGUCAAUCACUUAUACAACAACAGUCACAACAGUAUAUACAACCAUUUGUGAAGAAUCAUCCAGUUUAACAACUAAAGUAACAACGGAGACAUUGACAAUUACAACAACUUAUUGCCCAGAAACUACAGGAACAACAGGAACAACAGGAACAACAGGAACAACAGGAACAACAGAAACUACAGGAACAACAGGAACAACAGGAACAACAGGAACAACAGGAACAACAGAAACAACAGGAACAACAGAAACAACAGGAACAACAGAAACAACAGGAACAACAGAAACAACAGGAACAACAGAAACAACAGGAACAACAGUUUUCACAACAAUUUAUACAACUACCUGCUUAGAUGAUGGUUAUAAUUUAACUACAAAAACAAUUACAGAAGAAGUAACAUCAACUAUUUAUUGUCAUGAUUGUGAAAAAACAAAAUCAACGAAGUAUCAUACAACUACAGCAUAUAUUACGACUACAUAUACAACUACAUGUGUUUAUGAUUACGAAACAACAGUUCAAACAAUUACAGACGUUAUUACAACAAUAUAUUGUCCAGAAACCGAGAAAACUGCAACUACAACUACAAAAACUCCAAUUCAAACAACAUCAACUAAAACAAUCACUCCAGAAUCAUCAUCUAGUGUUAUUAAAACUACUAAGACACCAAUUCAAUCAACAACAGAAACCAUUCAUACAACAAUAACUACUUCAUCACCAACUUCAAGUGUUUCAACUCAAACAAAUUCACCUUCUACUUCAUCAACAGUUACAAUUCCAAUAAUUCCAAUUGCAAAUAAAGCAUCUAGUAUUGUUUUAAAUAUUAGUUUGUUAUUUGCUGGUAUUUUCUUCAUUUAA